AUGGAGGAAAGAAGUAUACAACGAAAAGCUCUUGGAAGAACAGCAGAGAUCGGGGCGUUAUACAAUUCGGCGAGAGAUUCUUUCUGUGGAACUACGCUUCUACAGACAGAAACGCACACUAAUAAGGUGGAUAGUCCGCAUUCUGAGCUAUCAUACUCGUAUGAAGACUCUUAUAACGAAAAAUUCAGCAAGUUAAAUAUAGAAGCUGAAUUAAAACUAAGCUUUCUCGCGGGAUUGGUUUCAUCGGAAGCAUCGGGCAAAUAUCUAAGCAAUAUAAAAAAAAGUUCAAAGACUGUCAAAGGUACUCUAAUAUACAAAGUAACUUUGGUCUCUGAAACAUGGGAUAUUUAUCGGGAGGAUGUUAAAGCAAGCAUUUCGAUUGACGCGUUAAAUAAUCCAGAUGCUACACACGUUGUGAUAGGCAUAAAAUGGGGAGCAAAUAUCAUGGCAUCGUUCGAAUAUAAUGACACUAAUGAAGAAAAUAAGUCUCAAAUCGAAGGAAGUUUAAAGGCUAAUUUACCAAAUCUUAUUAAGCCAUCGGGAGGCGGACAUUUACACAUUAGAAAGAGUGAUGCUGACUUUAUGAAUAAGUUUUCGAUAAAUAUUGUUGGUGAUAUUGUCCCUAAUGAGAAAGCACUUCCCCAGUCCUUUGAGGAAGCAAAAAAAAUUGUAGCUUCACUCCCUCAAUGCACUAAAGAAUAUAAUAACGGAAAAGGAGUACCGGUUGAAUACACUCUUCUUCCCUUGUCAGAAUUGGCAAAAAUUCUCAAUCAUCGAAUCGCAAUCAAUAAUAUCAUAACGAAUUUAAAUGAAGAAACUAUUAUAAGAGUAGAACAACUAUUCGAUAGUCUGAUAAAAUCAAAACAAUCACUUAAUGAUUUACAUGAGAGUGCAAAGUCAAUUUCGGAUUUUUUACCAGAAAUAAUUCUCAACGAAAUCAAUACAUAUUUAACUAAAGUUAGCACAGAAGAAGCGAAAUUUAGACGUGAAUUGGCAGAAUCUCUUGUCAAAGUACGUAGUGGUAAGGAAGGAAUCGAUAAACUUGAGAGUAAAUUAAAACAAUUCGAAAAUGGUGCCUUAUCAAAGCAAUCAAUUAUCGAGUUCAUCGACAAUCAUCGAUUAAUAUACACAAAGAUUGAGUUUAUAUCUGCUCUAAAGGCUAAUGAAAUACGGUAUCUUGGUAAAAAGUCCACCAUUAAUAAUAUCUUAUUUAAAUAUCAAGAUGAUCAAAUAUUUAUAUUAUUUUUUGAUGACGAUGAUAAUUUUAUUGACGGCAAAACAUCCCCAAUAUAUAAUAUGUUUAGAGACUUGUCAACUAUCGAGAAACAAAGCAAAUUUAUCAUGGCAAAUCUGAAAUUAUUCAAAGAUAUAGAAAGACCAGUAAUUCAUCAUUAUAAUAAUGGAAGAGUAUGCAGUGAUGAUUAUUAUAAUGACAAAAAAGAUUUAUUUAACUCAAAUCUUGUUAAAUUUGAGCCAGCACCAAUUCUCAGAUCAUAUAAUUCUGGCGAAACAUUAUCUUUACCUUGUCCUGGGUUGAAUUGCUCUAAGAAUACUUGCAUUUGGAAAUGCUAUAAUUGUGAACAGAACGUAGAAUAUAAUUUUAAUCGACAUUUUUAUUGUAAAUGUGGUGAAAGUAAUAUUACGGAUUGUAAAUUCAAAUGCAACAGCCCUCGUCAUACUGAAGGUUUUAUGGAAUACGACGAACGAUUAAUUCACGAUUUAUUACCAAAGCCACCGAAAGAAAUUAACAUAUUAUUACUUGGAGAAACUGGUGUUGGAAAAUCUACAUUUAUAAAUGCAUUUGCGAAUUAUCUCAAAUAUGAUUCAUUAGAAGAUGCAAAAAAAAGUGAAACAGUCGCGCUAAUUUCAUCAAAAUUUAAUAUAACGGAUAAGAAUUACGAAACAAAAGAAAUUAAAAUAGGUGAAGAAGAUGAAAAUGAAAAAUUUGAUGUCGUAGGUGCAUCAGCUACUCAAGAAUGCAAAAGCUAUGUAUUUCAUCAAUCUGGUAAUCAUAGAAAUAUAACGAUAAGACUGAUUGAUACUCCUGGAAUAGGAGAUACUCGAGGAUUAGAUCAAGACAAAAAGAAUUUCGAGAAUAUUUUAAGAUAUAUCAGUUAUCACAAUCAUUUGAAUGGAAUAUGUGUUCUUCUCAAGCCAAAUGAAUCUCGUACAAGCGUAUUAUUCAGAUUUUGUAUUCAAGAAUUAUUAUCUCAUCUUCAUAAAAGUGCAAAGGAUAAUAUAGUGUUUUGUUUCACUAAUGCUAGAGGAACAUUAUAUCGCCCAGGCGAUACUUUACCAUCACUUAAAAAACAUCUGAGAGAUAUCCAAGAACAAUUUGGUGUUGAAAUAGAAGCUGUCCGUGACACGAUGUACUGUUUUGAUAGCGAAUCUUUUAAAUUUUUAGCGGCUCUUAAACAAAACGUCGCGUUUACCGAGGAUGAAGAAAAAAGUUUUUCAGAAAGCUGGAAAACCUCUGUAAAAGAGUCAGAAAGACUAGUCGAAUAUUUGGUAACGCGCCCACAUCACAGCAUUAAAGAUACUUUAACAUUAAACAAUUCUCGAGAAAUAGUAUUGCUCCUUUCCAAACCACUUGCUGAAAUUGGACAACUCAUUGAGAUAAAUAUUAAAAUGAUCGAAGAUAAACAAACGGAAAUAGAAAACUCUAACAAAACCAUGGAGCAACUCGAAGGCAAAUUAUACAUUCCUCAAGUGGAUCUUGAACCAAUAGCAUUGUCACAUCCGAGCACUAUAUGUAAUGAAUGCAAAACACAUUGUCAUCCACACUGUUUUUUGCCAUUUGCUACACAAAACUCGAUAGGCAGUAAAUUUUUGUUACUCUGUUCAGCUAUAAAUUAUUUCUCAGGUACUUGCAAAAUAUGCGAGUGUCACCGGAGUAAACAUGCGUAUGUUAACUAUGAGAAUAAGCAAGUAAUCAAAGAUGUCCUUGAUCCAAAAAUAGAACAAAUUUCCAAAAACCAAAAUGAACAAGAAAGAAAAAUAACAAUUUUAAAAAUAUAUGAAGCAAGAAGUAAACAGCUGGAAAAAGAAAAAGAGACAAUAGAAGAGAUUAAUCUAAAGUUUGCUCAAUUUUUGCGGCAAAAUGCAAUAACUCCAUUUAAUGACGCGUAUGCAGAUUAUUUGGAUCUUUUUAUACGCGAGGAAGGACGAAAGAGAGGCGAAGAUCCUAAAAAUUAUAAUAACAAAAUUCUCGAAAGACUUAAAAAAACGAAAGAGACUUACUUGCGAAAAAUAGAAAUCAUUAAACAGGCAAUUGAAAAAAAAGACAACUCUUUGGCUAAAAUUUUGCCAAAAGACAUUAGUAAGUUUGAACAACAAUUGUAUAAUCUGGAAAUCAAUGGUUCAACGUUAAAAAAAAUUAAAAAAGUAACGGAACAAAGUCAUGAUAAAGAAUUUAAAUAUCGAGAAAUCCACUAUGACCUUAAAAACAAAAACAAACGUGGGUAA